UGGAGGGCGCAGUCGUUUUUUGGUUUCUGCACGUCGUUGUUAUUGCAUACUUACCAGGGUACCUUUUUUUGAGCUACACUAUGAGAUGCUGAACAGUAUAAUUGCACAGGAGCGUCUCGAAAGGAUAACUGAGUUUGUUAGUGAAAUGGCUCUCUCAGAUUAUGUUCCAUCAGUGAUUAGAAUGCAAGAUCAAAUGACUGAGAACUGUGAUUCCCCUAUAACGGAGGGUUCAGCAGAUUGGAUGACUUCUACAAUACCCGUUGACAGUAUAUUAGGUCUUACUGCAGCUGCAGUAGGCCUCAUAUCAGAUAAUGAGGUCCAUUCGUUUUCACUUAGGCAAUUGGAGCAUCAGUCUCCUGAAAGUGUUUCUACCAGAGAGGCUUCUGAUUUAAGUCAAGGAAGAGAACUGGACGAAGAUACCAGAAAGAAUUGCAACAUUUUGAUGAUUAUGCAUCUGGGACCCUUGGAUCUCGCUCUGAUAGUUUUGAAAGAAUGAGUGGGAUCUAUGAAAAUGGUCAAACUUCACCAGAGCUUGGCACAUUUCACAGCACUCUCGGCAACAAGUUAGAGCGUGUUGGAAGUUCAGAGUCGUUAUUCAGGUGGUAAAAUUUUCCGAUACUUUA